AUGGGCCUCUCCCCACAAGCUGCUCGCCAGAGAGCCCUGCCAGUCUUCAUCCUUGUGUCAGAGCCCUUCAUCCACACAGCCAGCCAUCCAACCAACCUAUGUGAGACGUCCCAGGAGAGCUGCAAGGCUGAGCCCAGAGUCUUGUCCUCUCCAAGUCUCCUGGAGGAGGACAACCCAGAGCCCCCAUCCCAGCAACUACAGGCCACCAGUUCAGGGGGCAGUGAGUCCCUCGGCAACCCUGACCUCUCCCAUGGGCCCCUGGUGGCCCUGGAGUACCUGCCCUUCUUCCGCACCUAUGGGCAGCUCCUGGCUGAGGAGGAGUUGGCCCCACAGCCUGAGGUCUUCAGGGACCAAGGAGGAGACCAGAGUGUCAGAGAGGAGGACUCAGAGCUGCCCAGCGGCUUCUUCCCUUACUAUCGCUCCAAGGAGGAGAGUUUCCCCAGCCUGGCCCUCCCUGGCAGGUCAUGUGCAGGCUCCCGUGACCCUCCCGCCAGGAGAGAGGUGCCGGCCUGCUGCACAAUGACAAUCAUCCGCGACUGCUCGGUGAGCCCAGCAGAGGCCCUCCCUGAGACCUUACCCCUUGCCAUUUCCUGCAACCUCGGGUGCUAA